AUGGAGCCUACUACGCUUACACCAGCGGCUAUGGACGAAGCUGAUAAAUUGGCCGAAGAACCGACAGAUGAGACAUUACGAAUACCCCAGAUGGAGGACAUCGAUCUUACACCUAAUGCAGAACAGUUCGGGAUGUCGAGUGGCCAUGAUUAUUGGAGCCAUGGUGUUACUGAGACACAAGAAGGAUACGGUCAUAAUGGUGAUGAUAUCAGGCCUCCCACUGCUGGGUCUGCUGGCACGUACGAGCAGGCGGAGAGAGCAUUCGCAGAUUUUGAUGGGGCAUAUUGCCCAUCCGACGUUGACCUGGAGGAUUCGCUAUUUAUGCCCUCGUUCUCUAACGGACCAUCAAUGGAUGCCCCCUUCCUACGUCCUUUCGACCCUGUUUUAUCAAGGAUGCAAGAAGAGCCAGGCUAUUCGAAACCCACCAUAUCUAGACCAAUCGCUCCACCAACCGUUAGGCCAAAGUCGUACAUGGAUCCCGAAACAGGCCAAACUAUGCUCUAUUACCCAGCGCGUGUUCCUUUAAUGCUCAACUUGCCACAAAAACUCUCCAAAAAGCCCAAAGCUGAAGCACGUGACGCUCGUAGAUCGCAGGUCCUGAGCAAAAUGUCAGAGCCGGACCGCAAAUCUGGCACCCUUUGGCUACCAGAGUAUUUACCCGAACCUCCGCUCGAACCCAUGGGGCCUACCGCCGAAUCUUUCGUCCCUGUGCCGCUAAAUAGUUCAGACGCAGACCCGCAAACCCAACCGGCUACAAAUAGCCAACGCGACUCUCAAUUUAUCUCUCAGUCCAGCUACGGGCAAGGGAAUGACGAAGUGCAUGGAACCCAUACUUCGGCUCUUAACCCAGACAAGCGGAAGUCGAAGAUACCUAAUCUUGAUGGCUUACCACCACAACUACGUGCCAGUGCUUUUUUCGACCUACCUUCAGAGCCAUCACCCACUAUCCAGCUUAAAGAUGGCUCUGCAAUGGCCACCCUAGAUAGUAUCCUAGACGCUUCUGCUAAGGCGCCUGUUUCUGCUUUUACCGAUCACGCGUUCGCAGGAACAUUAGGAUCAGAGGUAUACGGGACAGAAAAGAAACGCAAGUCGCAUAUGAAACGUGCUAGCGCUACCGAUUUGCUAGAGCCUAAGAAGAGAAGCUCUUUUCUACACCUCCGAAAGCUAAGUGCUCUUAGCCGACAUUCAGAAUCUCAAGAGGAGCGCCGCAAUACCAUCGCUGGAGGUACGAAGAUCAACGGGGGUCUGGACGCUAAAGCAGAAGACGAUGAAAGGGAACAUUUGGCUGGUUCUGUCGACGGCGAAGCGGUACCAAAUCACGCUGAUGAAGACGGAGAAGGUGACGAGGAGCUAGUAUAUAAUGGGCCCCCGACGACUUUAUUGGCCGAGCUCCAGAUGCGAAAGCAGCAACAGAAAUUGCGCACUCGGCCGGCUGCUAGUGCUUUCCCUAACGGCUUGCACUCUACGUUACUUGAGAUGGAUACGGUCGCUCAGAUCGAAAGUGACGCACGCAAAGGCAAGAAAGUAAAUCUUGCGUGGGAGGACCCAAGCGCGGAUCCAGCUACCAAUUCGGACGACGAAGAUACGCCGUUAGGAUUACUUAUGGCCGCGAAGGGACAAGGUAAUGAUAUAACCGCCGCGAUCGCUGAGAUCAAUCGGCCCCUUGGUUUGAUGGAGCAGCGUGAGUUGGAAGACAGCGAACCCUUAAGUCAACGUCGUGACCGACUCCAAGGAAGAGAGGUUAGCUCAAUGAAACGGCAAAGCAUGAUGACACUUGGUCAGGGUCUCCACAAUGGAAGUAAUAGCCUGGGGGCCAUAAGCCCACAACUCCGUUUACACACUCCCGAGGAAGAGGAAGUUGAAGGUGAAACUCUCGGGGAGCGUAUGCGGCGCCUAAGAUCGCGUGAGCAAGCGGAUAAUCCUCUUCCUCAAGCUAGACCCGUCAGUUCUGCGUUUUCAAUGGAACUUUUGAGUCAGCUAGGCGAGGCGUUUAAGGAGGACGAAAGUGAUGACAAGAGCCAGGAUAAGCGAAAAUCUCAGCUUAAAGAAGAGGAAGAGACAUUAGGGCAGCGCCGCCGCCGCCUGCAAGCAGAACGAGAAGCUCGCGAACAAGGAGAAACUGGCAACCUACUUAGUGGUGGGGUUGGCGACGCACGAAAACUUACGAAUCGGCAUUCGCUUGCUGAUGUGCUUGGUACGCGCGGGUCGAAGACUCUUCUGCGUGAUCCUAGGGCAGAAGCAGAGAAAGUAAAGCAACAAGAAGCUGCCCGAUAUAGACAAGAUCAGGAUCAGAAGAUGGCUAUACUUCGUGGUCAGAUGCCUUCUAGUCUUAGCACACCAAAUUUAAACCAACCCGGGGGGUAUAUGUCUGGUCGAUUCAACGACGGUACAGGCGGCGGAACUGGUUAUACGCGAACCAGCACAGCUUUAGGUGGCUAUCCUAAUCAAAGCACGGGAGCAAGCGGUGGUAUGAUGGGCAACACCUACCUUGCGGGUGGAGCUAUGGGUGCCCCGAUACCCUCCUACGGUGUUACAAACGGACUUGGUGCCCAAGUGAGCACCCCUUACGGGAUGCAAGUACAGCCACCCGCUCAAAUGGAUAGAGUAGAGCGAUGGAGACAGAGCGUUUUGCCUUAG